CCAUCUCCGUCCCCAUUCCUACGGUCGCCGCAGCCACCAGACCUCGAUCCCGACGAGCGGAGCAGCAGCAGGAGAGGAGUCGCCGGAGAGCGGAUCGGAGAUGGCCAAGUUCGACCCGUGGCCCGUCUUCUUCAAGAGGGAGUGGGGCCGCAACUGGCCCUUCCUCGCCGGCUUCGCCGUCACCGGCAUCCUCAUCACCAAGCUCACCGCCGGCUUCACCGAGGAGGACCUCAAGAACUCCAAGUUCGUCCAGGAGCACAAGCGCUGAGCCCAGGUUGGCGUGAGGGAAAAUGUCACUGAAUUAGUCGCAUCAACAUUGCUGGCAGUUUUUAUAUGUUAUUUGGCUGAACCCACCGGAUACAUGCCUUAGGCUACCGAAGUUUCUUCUGCUGUAUUUUUUUUUCUGUAAUAAGAGGUUUCUGAAUGCCUAAACCAAGAAAUUAAUUUUAUGCGUUUCAAGACGCUUGUUUGGUUA